AUGAAGUUCUCUGCCUCAACCGUUCUCUUCGCCGCUCUUGGCGCCUUCUUCGCCCCUGGCGUCGCCGCGGACCCUCAUUACGAGUGCUCCUGCAGCACCUGGAACGGCCGAGGCUGGACCUACGACUGGCAGCUCACCUUCAACGCCUGCAAGAACAAUUACGAGGGCGAGGCCAACUACAACCACGGUCAGGGCAGGUGCAAGUGGUUCUCCCACAAGCGCGUUGAUGGCGAUGACUGGAACCGCGUCUGCGAGGCGCAGGCUCGUGAUGGAUACUACCCUGUCGCCAACGAUGUCAUCGACUCUACCCAGCCUAAGAUUACUGGCAAGUCUGGCCACGGCUUCUGCAAGCGAUAG